CGUUUGUGCUCGGAGUUCUUGUCUAAAACUCGUUCUUUUAUUAGAGUGAACAUGGGCGCGUAUAAGUUCAUGCAGGAGCUUUAUAGGCAUAAACAGUCCGACGUGAUGCGAUUCAUACGUCGGAUGCGUUGUUGGGAAUAUAGGCAGACGAACGCCAUUGUUCGCUGCAGUCGUCCGACCCGUCCUGAUCGCGCAAGACGUUUGGGAUACAAGGCAAAACAGGGAUAUGUGAUUUAUCGUAUUCGUAUACGCCGUGGUGGACGUAAGCGUCAAGUUGCAAAGGGGGCAACUUUCGGAAAACCCACCAAUGAGGGUGUCAACCAACUGAAGAAUCAACGUUCGAUUCAAGGUGUCGCUGAGGAACGGGUUGGUCGGAAGUGUGGGGCGUUGAGGGUCCUGAACUCUUAUUGGGUUGGGGAAGACAGCACCUUCAAAUUCUACGAGGUGAUCUGCAUCGACCCCUUCCACAAAGCGAUCCGGCGUGACCCAAGCAUUCGUUGGAUAUGCAAAGCCCACCAGAAGCAUCGGGAGAUGCGUGGAUUGACAUCGGCUAAUAAGAAGUCUCGUGGCUUAGGACGUGGCCACAAGUUCCACAAGACAAUCGGUGGAUCACGACGGGCCGCGUGGAAACGUCUGAACCAAGUUCCCAUGCGCCGAAAGCGGUGA